GAGAAGACAUCUCUCCUAUUAUACCCUAAGGAUAUAAAUAAACGAUGAACAUAAAUACAGGGUACAUUAUACGUUAUUGUCAAGGAAUUGAGGGGGUUCCUGUUUGAUUGUUUCUGUCUUUUUACGAAUGUCCCUGGGUGGUGCAGAUGGUUUGGUCUCAACUGCUACCUAAAGGUCAGCAAUUUGAACCCUCCCAGUGGUGCUGUGGAAGAAAGGCCUGACAAUCUGCUACGGUAAAGACUUUUUAAAAACUCAUUGCCACCAAGUUGAUUCCGACUCAUAACAACCCUAUAGGGCAGAGUAGAACUACCCCACAGGGUUUCCACGGAGCAGCUGGUAGAUUCAGACUGCUGACCUUUUGGUUAGCAGCUGUAGCGCUUAACCACUACAUUACUUGGGUUUCCACCGUGAAGAUAACACCUAAAAAAACCCUAUGGAGCUCUAUAACACCUGGAAUCACUGUGGGUCAGAAUCAACUCAGCAGCAAAGAGUUUGGUUUUUUGGUAUUUAUCUUUGAAGCUCGAUGCUAGGGUAUCUGCCCCAGAUAAGGGAGAGAGGAAAUGGAGUUGAAGGUUUGAGAACAACAGAGAAGGUUUAGUGAAUAUUCUUACAAGUAAAUCUUUCCAUACUUCUUUGUUUAUUUCUAUAAAAUACUAUUCGUUGAGUCAAAAUGUAUAUACAAUAUGAAGAAUGUAACCAAAACCAGUGAGCAGUAUGUGUAGAAAUCACUGGAUGGAAUGUUUUGCUGUGUACACUUCCACUGAAAAUACGAUAAAAUAUUAUUUUAAAAAUCCAUAUAUAUAUACGCACACAUACGUGUUAAGUAGUCUUGGUGGCACAGUGGUUAAGCACUGGGCUGCUAACCGAAAGGUCGGCAGUUCCAACCUACCAGCGCUCCUUGGGAGAAAGGUGUGGCAGUCUGUUUCCAUAAAGAUCACAGCCUAGGAAACCCAAUGAGGCAGUUCUACUCUGUCUUGUAGGGUCACUGUAAGUUGGAAUCAACUCGAUGGCAUAGGGUUUGGUUUAGGUUUUUUUUACUAUGUAUAUUGACUCUUUGAACAUAUUGCCAUAUGGGAGGAUCAGCUUUACUUUAAAAGAAGCUGACCAUAAAACCCGGGUUGUCCUCAUACCCUUUUUUUCAGCAUAAUCAUCAUUGCCCCCCAUCGCCCUCAAAAGUAUCCAGUCUAGUUGAUAAAGUAUCUGGUCAUCCUAUUUAUAGAUUAAGUCUGACGUGAACUAAGUUGAAUAAAUUAAUUUAUUUGAUACUUUUAAAAUGUUUAAGAUAUGAGUAAAAGCUAACCGAAUUGUACGUCUGGGAAAAGACUAAUCUAUUUCGGUUUAUAUUACAGAUAAGGCUGUGCGGCACAGGCCUGUUAACUGUCUGCCAUGCUGAUAUGGUCAGUCAUAAAUCAACAAGUUUCCAAAGCAUAUCAGUGCCUUCAUGCCUUAAAACUUAAGAAAAAUUAUCUACAUCUGUGUGCUACAAGAUGGUCUUCAGCUUCUGUUGUACCUCGGAUUACUACCCACUAUACCAUUUAUCCCCGAGAUAAGGACAAGCGAUGGGAAGGAGUGAACAUGGAGAGGUUUGCAGAGGAAGCGGAUGUGGUGAUAGUGGGUGCAGGCCCUGCAGGGCUGUCUGCAGCUGUUCGUCUAAAGCAGUUGGCUACUCUUCAUGAAAAGGACAUCCGCGUGUGUCUAGUGGAGAAAGCUGCUCAGAUAGGUGCUCAUACUCUCUCAGGAGCUUGCCUGGAUCCGUGCGCUUUUGAAGAACUGUUUCCAGACUGGAAGGAGAAAGGGGCUCCACUUAAAACUCCUGUAACAGAAGACAGAUUUGGAAUUUUAACAGAGAAAUACAGAAUUCCUGUACCAAUUCUUCCAGGUCUUCCAAUGAAUAAUCAUGGCAAUUACAUUGUGCGCUUGGGGCACUUGGUGAGCUGGAUGGGAGAACAGGCAGAAGCCCUUGGUGUUGAAGUUUACCCCGGGUAUGCUGCUGCAGAGGUUCUUUUUCAUGAAGACGGUAGUGUAAAAGGGAUUGCCACUAACGAUGUGGGAAUACAGAAGGAUGGUGCACCCAAGACGACAUUUGAAAGAGGACUAGAACUGCAUGCCAAAGUCACAAUUUUUGCAGAAGGUUGCCAUGGACAUCUAGCCAAGCAACUGUAUAAGAAGUUUGAUUUGAGGGCCACUUGUGAUCCCCAAACCUAUGGAAUUGGACUAAAAGAGUUAUGGAUUAUUGAUGAAAAGAAGUGGAAACCUGGGAGAGUAGAUCACACUGUUGGCUGGCCCCUGGACAGACAGACAUACGGAGGGUCUUUUCUCUAUCAUUUAAAUGAAGGUGAACCCAUGGUUGCUCUUGGCCUUGUGGUUGGUCUAGACUAUCAAAAUCCAUACCUGAGCCCAUUUAGAGAGUUCCAGAGGUGGAAACACCAUCCCAGCAUUCAGCCAACGUUGGAAGGGGGAAAAAGAAUUGGAUAUGGAGCCAGAGCUCUCAAUGAAGGUGGUUUUCAGUCUAUACCAAAACUGACCUUCCCUGGUGGGUUACUAAUUGGUUGUAGUCCUGGUUUCAUGAAUGUUCCCAAGAUCAAAGGUACCCACACAGCAAUGAAAAGUGGAAGUUUGGCAGCAGAAUCUAUUUUUAAGCAACUAACUGAUGAAAAUCUCCAAUCAAAGACGAUAGGACUCCAUGUAACUGAGUAUGAGGACAAUUUGAAGAAAUCGUGGGUGUGGAAAGAGCUCUAUGCUGUUAGAAAUAUCAGACCAUCCUGCCAUGGGAUCCUGGGUAUAUAUGGAGGGAUGAUCUACACUGGGAUAUUUUACUGGAUAUUUAGAGGAAUGGAGCCAUGGACUCUAAAACAUAAAGGUUCUGACUCUAGUCAGCUGAAGCCAGCCAAGGACUGUACACCUAUUGAGUAUCCAAAACCUGAUGGACAGAUCAGUUUUGACCUCUUAUCCUCGGUGGCGCUGAGUGGUACUAACCAUGAGCAUGACCAGCCAGCACAUCUCACCCUGAAGGAUGACAGUGUACCUGUAAAUAGAAAUCUACCCAUCUAUGAUGGACCCGAGCAGCGAUUCUGCCCUGCAGGAGUUUAUGAAUUUGUUCCUUUGGAACAGGGUGAUGGAUAUCGGUUACAGAUCAAUGCUCAGAACUGUGUGCAUUGUAAAACAUGUGAUAUUAAAGAUCCAAGUCAGAAUAUUAACUGGGUGGUACCCGAAGGUGGUGGAGGACCUGCUUACAAUGGAAUGUGAACUACAACUCAUUUCAUUUGCAAGUACCUUUGAUAGCCAGUUUCUUUAAAAUGUAUGGCAAGCUAACUUUAAAAUGUUAAAGGCUAACAGGUGUCAACAUAUCUUACAGCGUAUUAUUGACCAGAAUGUUCACAAAAUAACUCUGUGAAAUAAAAACCCCAUACUACAUCAAAAGUUGCCCCGUAAAAAAUUUUCUUAAAACUUUAUAAACAAUGUAGCAUCUACUUCAUUUCUUCAGAGAUUUAGUCCCAACAGUAAAAUGCACUAUAGAUCUAAAUGUACAUUUUGACUUGCUAAAUUCAAGUCUUCAAGUAUAAAAAUGAAUAAAUACAUUCUAGAAGUAGCAUCAGCAUCUAGCCCACAACUUUUUCUUAUGACUAAAGCUGUACUGGAACGUAGCCAUGCCCAUCAAUUUACGUAUUUCCUAUGGACGUUAAAGCUACAUCUGCAGAACUGAGUACAGGCAGUGCCUGGGUUAGGAACAGAGGAACCAACCCCCUUAACGCCUAUUACAUUAAAAAUUUGAGGUACGUACAAUGGUUCAUUAAUAACAGGUGAGCACUAUUUUGCAAUGUGCAUCAAAACGUUACCAUCACUGUAUUAUUAAAGAUGUUUUAGUGUAUCUGGAAGUAUUUAAUGUUUUUUAUACAUAGAAAGAUAUACUAGAUACUAAAACAAACAUUUGACUGAUGUUAGAUACAAAUCAUACCUAACUGUUCUGUCUUAUGUACAAAUUCAACUUAAAAUCAGAUUUAGGAACAGAGCUCACUCAUCAUCCAGGGACUGCCUGUAGUUGAGACAAGUCCAUAAAAGCCUAAAAUAGUCAUUAUUCAGUAUUUUACAUAAAGUGUUUGCCAAAACAAUUUAAUAACAGGAUGGACACCAUUAUUUGUGGAAAUCAACUUCACAGUGUAUUAUGUAACAUUGUUUUAUUAAGACAGAGGCCACCAGAACUCCUACACUGUAAACACUGGGAAACUGAAUCGUAAAAGGAAACACGUUAGGGAUGGUGUAUGACAGACAAACACCCUUAGUUCUUCUUAGUGCCUUUAUACAGUUAAUGCCCAAUACUUUAAGCAAAACUGAAUUCCUUAUUAAGCAAACAUUUUUGCAUAAGCUGCCUUCUCUUUAUCUUUCUGUGCCUUUAUCUUCUGUUUGACUUUCAGCAAUUCUGCCUGGAUAGCUGCAAAAUAUACAAGUUAUUUAUCAGAAUAUUAAAAAAAUAAAUGAGGGUGAUCAACAAAUGUUUUAAUAUUAUAGUUAACUGCCUUUUGAUAACUCCCAUCUUUCUCUCCCGUAAAGUAAUGGAGCCCAAUUAACAGAAAACUCUAAAGAAAGGACCAUCCUCUUCACAAACACAAACUCCUAAGUAUGAACUGUAUGACUCCACUAUCAGACAAGAGGACUCGGUCCUACAGAGCUUCGCCCUGGCCCUCUCCACUACAGAAGGCAGGAAGUGUCUCUCUCGUUUUACUUUAGCCCUGAAAGACUGACGAUAUUUUAACAUCUAGAUUUAGUGUCACUAGUCAUAGUUGGAUUAAUUGAAAAACAUGACUAUUUUUGUCAUAGCUGUCCAAACCUUUUUCUUAAACAUAUAUUCAUUAGAUAGAACACUAGGUUUGAAUUAAAGGUUAAAGUCUGCAGAUUCCUCAUUACAGCCAGAUUUACUUAAAAGAAUCAUUCCAAAAAUCCACCAUGAGUACUGUCUCUUUCAGUGCUGAGUUUUCAACCAGCAUUACAGAAAUAAGAGCCACGUCUCAAAUAAUAUGGUAGAACACAAAGUACUCAGAUACAUGAAAAACUAGUAUGCUCUGGAGAGAGAUUAGAACGUAAGUUCUUUCAGGGCAGAAACUGUCUUGUUCAAUGCUGUAUGAUCUCUGUAAUAUCUGCUUAACAUCAUCUCAGUGGCAAAGGCUACGAUGACUGGUGAGGAUAAAUUCUUAAAGGACAAAAAGAACCUUAACUACAAAAACUGCCAACUUACCUUUAUCUUCUGGCGCUACCUCCUGAGCUUUCUUAAGAUCAGCCUUUAAGUGGAAAAAUUUAAGAAAAAUCAGGUGCAUAAUUUAUAAAGGGCAAUUUUUUUAAAUUAAACAUUUAGAAGAAAAUUUUACCAAUGCGUUAUCGUAUUCUUUUAAUCCUUGCCAUCCUUGAGCUCUGCGGUAUAGUGCUUUGGUAUUUAAUGGAUCUAUUUCAAGAGCCUAUAAAAGAUUAAAAUUGAUAUUUAUUUGUAAGUAUUAAACAGAUGUGCUAGUUCUCAGUUUAUUGCCUGCUGGCUCCAAAUCCACCCUUCAGGGCUCUGUGAUAAUGGACCAGGAUCCUGCAAAUCUCUCUCCUUUGCCAGUUGGCAUCAUGUUCAAGUUUUGUCAGUAGAGGCUACUGAACAGAAAUGGCAGAGAAAGUGUUUCCCUUCAGGGUUGCGGCGUGCUCCUUUCAGCAGGCUCUUCCCCAACAGCUUAGAGGAGCUCCCUGUGGCAACUUUCCCCAGCACUGCAGACAGCAGCUUCCCAACAAGUCCCACAGGUGGGGCACGUAAAAGAACUUGUCUGCCAUCCAGAGUCACUGCCAUACCCUCUCCAAUGAGGUCAGGAUCUCAGCCCCGGGGGAGCAGGGACUCUCUGCCUUAGGAGAGCUCUGAGUCCUAUCAAUAGGGGCUAUAUUUCACUUACAUGUUACACACACACACACAAUCUGCUACUCCUGUAUUCUUUAGCAUUCUCUACCCUCCUAAAAAAACUCCUAGCCAAACCAAAAAAAAUAUCAAACCCAGUGCCGUCAAGUCAAUUCCGACUCAUAGCGACCCUAUAGGACAGAGCAGAACUGCCCCACAGUUUCCAAGGAGUGCCUGGCAGAUUCGAACUGCUGACCCUUUGGUUAGCAGCCAUAGCACUUAACCAGUACGCCACCAGGGUUUCCCCCUCCUAGCCAGUCCUUCAUUAUUCCAAUCCUCUGCUAUAUUGUCUUAUAUUAAACUUCCCUGUUCAAAUUACGGUGUGAAUUCUGUAUCUCCUGACUGGGCCCUAACUGACAAUGUAUUUCUAAGAUAAAAGCAUUUUGAAUUUUAUACAUUUUUAUUUGAAAUCUAGGGGUUUUUUUUAGGAGUAUGACUAACUUGACAGUUUUCUCCCUGAAACAUUCUUUAAAUAGUAUAUUUUGUUUACAUAACAUCUUUCAGAGGCCAAAACUGGGUUUUUACUGAAGAGGGUAUUAUCCCUCUCACACAGAUCGAGAGAGAUCCCCAGUGAUAAAUUUCUCCUCCAUAUGUGCUCCCUACUAACAAACAUUCUCUCUUAUUCUAUCCACCCUACCAAAUUAGGAUCCCAUUUUAUUUCUACUUGCUUCAUGUUAGCUCAACUGUGUACAUAGCUUAACGUGCAAAUUACAUGAAAGCACUAAGAAUGGUCUUAGUUUGGAAAUUUUUUCAAAUAAAAUAUACGAGAGGGAAGAGGUCAUACAUACUGCUGUCUGAGGAAGGUGCCUCCACCUUUCCAGCAUUAUCAGUUAGUAUUCCUGUAUGUCCUCCAUAGACAGGUGACUUCUGUGUUUUCCAGUAGGACCCAUUCUCCCAUACAAAUCCUAAUGACCCUAAAUUGAAACUGACUCCCUUCUCUGCUAAGCUCCUUGAGGACAUGGGUCUGUUUUUUAAUAACUAGUAUUUAUUAUUAAGUGCUUCAAAUGUGCCAAGUUCUAUGUGAAAUACCUUACAUGUUAUGCAAUUCUUACAACCACCCCAUGAGGUAGGUAUUGUUUUUAUUUUACAGAUAAAUCAAGACUGUAAAAUUAGGAACCUACCCAAGAUCACAAAGUAAGUGGCAGAAGUCUAAUUUAAAAACCAUGUCUGAGUCCACAACCCAUGCUCUUAAUCACUCCUGGCUUUGUCUUUCAGUGCCUAACACAGAAUCCCCCAUUGCCAUCUAGUCGAUUCCAAGUUAUAGCGACCCCACAGGACAGAGUAGACUGCCUCAUAGAAUUUCCAAGGAGCACCUGGUGGAUUCGAACUGCCUACCUUUUACUUAGCAAGUACAGCACUUAACCACUACACCGCCAGGGUUUCCUAGCAUAUAAUAGGUGCUCAAUUAACAUACUAAGUGAUUAAAUAAGUUGAUACGUCUGCUUUGAGGAAGAAAGGAAGAACCUUCAUAGGUAUAAAGUGACAUGAUGUAAGCAAAAUGAACGUACCGAGAGGAACUAAAGGUCCAAAUUAUUUAGAGACAAGAUGACUUAAAUCAUUUUAUCUUGUCUCAUUAGGUCCUAUGCAAUAAGAUGUAUUAAUGAUUAUAAAAAUUGCUUUUGUUCAAAUCGUCGUGAUUUAACCCCUUCAAAAAGUUCAACAUCAAAUACUUACCUCCAAACAGCUGUCAAUUGCUCCCUGCCAAUCUGACAUCUUCAGUUUACAAGCACCGAUAUUCAGUACGCAGCUUAAAGCUACAGGUUGUAGCUUGGAUCUAUCUGCUUUCUCAAUCACAGCCUUUGAACUUUCCACGUAUCUGAAAAAAUCAUUAAUAGAAGUAGUAUGCAAUGUUCUGUAAAUAAGACUCUGGUUCUUCAACUAUGUUAAAGGGUAUUAUGUAAUUUCUGAUACAAAAGCUCAUUAAAUGCUAGUAUUAAUGAUCAUAAUCUUUUUAGUAAAUACACACGUUUAGGAAGUUUUUAUUUUUUCUUUUUCUUCACAGGCCAAUUUAAAAGCAAUCCUCAAAUCUAAAAAUAAUUAUGUACUAAUAAAAAAUUUGUUUUUAAAAUUCAGUCUCAUUAUGCUGGAAAGUAUUCCAGCAUAAUUAUGUUUAGAACUAGGGUUCUCACCAUGAAAGAAGAGAAUGGAAUGGGGAAAGGUGAAGGACUCGGUAGUGCUGAUUUUGAAUUAUGUUAGUGUAACUAACAUAGUUCCUAGCUCUUUCCACUCAAAGAGCCCAUAAACAAUGAGCACACUCAGCCCCCAGAAUUUGGUUUCUAAAGUCCAUCCCCCACUGAAAAGAAUCAGGGCUCCUUGGAGAAACUGCUAACACCUGAACUGGAAAGAAGGAUAAGUGUAAGGUAAGCUUGGAACAUCUUGUGUCAGAAAACAAGCAAAUACAUUAAUGGGAACAUGUUAGAAUACAGGAGAUGGACUGGGGGGGGGGGUUUCACUGGACAUAUUUGAGCAUCAUAAAAAAUAAUAACAGUAUUUAACAUAUUAAACUAGAAAACAUCCACCAGCUUAUCGAGCCAAGCCUGUUGCCGUUGAGUCAAUUCCGACUCAUAGCAACCCCAUGUGUUGAAGAGCAGUACUGAGCUCCAAAGGGGGAACGGGAUCUUUCAAACAGAAGAGUGCCAGCUAAUAACCACAGAUUCAAUGAUAAAGUUAGAAAAUCUCAGUUCUGCAACCAUCAAAAUAAAUGAUUCAGGCAAGGAUUGCCAAUGACACUAAAUUGGGUGAAAGGCUGCAGUAGAAUGGAUAUUUACACAGUCUCACAGUAUCACCUCACGGGCUAUUAACAGACAUCUGGACGACACCACCUUUACAAAGUGUUCAAGCUCCAAGUAAGCCAAGCUGCUAUGCGCCUUUCAGAUACGAUGUCAUGGGGAAUUUACAACAUCACCUACCUAAUUCCUUCUGACAAAACAUUUAACUUCAAUCUGAUCUUGAGAAAACAAAAAAUACACAGAUGGUAUUUUACAAAACAACUGACCUGGGCUCCACCAACAUGUUAAUAUCAAGAAUGACUAAAAAACUCCUAGGGAGAGGGGCUGUCAACAAUUAGAAAAGACUAAAAAGACAUUACAAGUGACACAAUGCACGAUUCUGGUUUUAAAAAGAAAAAAAAAAAAACCGGGGAAAUCUGAAUAUGGAUUACAUGAGAUAA